GUAGUUUGUUAACAAAGCGCACUCGAGCAAGAACCUCGGCUUCUCUUACAAAUUAGAGACUAAUAAUUAAAGUUUUGUUAGUGCUAAUUUAUUUUCGCAAUGGUUGAAAUUGGUGAUAUUACCGGACAAAAAGUGGAGGUGGAACCUGUUCUAGUGCAUCCUAAGAAAGCUUGCUUGACUAAUGGAAGUUCCACUACAAAUGGAAAAGAGUUAUUAGUUGCUUUACCAAAGUGUCAUUGUGUCAAAGGUAAUGAGCCAUGCUCUUACCACGAAGCAACAAGUCAAUUACCGACUAGAGAAGCCCUAUUACCUGAAAUGACUAGAGCUUAUAAGUCUUUACUGGGGGCUCUAGGCGAAAAUCCUGACAGAGAAGGCUUAUUGAAAACACCAGAAAGGGCCGCCAAGGCAAUGCUCUAUUUUACCAAAGGCUACGACCAAAGCUUAGAAGAAAUCCUUAACGAUGCAAUUUUUGACGAGAAUCACGACGAAAUGGUUGUAGUCAAAGAUAUAGAAAUGUUUUCAAUGUGCGAGCACCAUUUAGUACCGUUUUAUGGCAAGGUUUCCAUUGGAUAUUUACCAUCCGGAAAAGUACUGGGACUUAGCAAACUAGCCAGGAUUGUGGAAGUUUAUUCGAGAAGACUACAAGUACAAGAAAGACUUACCAAACAAAUCGCUACGGCUGUAUUGAAGGCUGUGCAACCGAAUGGGGUAGCUGUUAUUGUUGAAGGAUCGCAUAUGUGUAUGGUAAUGAGAGGUGUCCAAAAAAUUAAUAGUAAAACCGUUACGUCAACUAUGCUAGGCGAAUUCAGGGACAAUCAAAAAACUAGAGAGGAAUUUUUAAAAUUAGCUCUCCAUCAUUAAAAUUUAAAUUAAUUAGGUAUUAAUUUAACUGGUAUUAUUAGAUUUAAUCAAUUGUACAUUUUAUAUUGUGAUGUAUUUAUUUUAUUUUUAUUUUUCAAAUCAAAUAUUUUUUCGGAAGAUGAAUUUGAUUUUCAUGCUUUUGUUACACAAUAAAUUGUUUGUAUUAUCAAAAAGCCAAUGAUUUCUCCAUGUUUCAAAUGUAAUAAUA